AUGGUUGCGAUGGAAAUAGAAAUUGGUAUUAAAAUUGGCAUCGAGUUUGGGAGAGAAGUGAACGAAAGAUUCAGAUCGUGGUUGGGAUUGGGGUUGGUUUCAGCGAAGCUCGCGAUGGUGAAGAAGAGAAUAAAGGCAAGCGGCGUCGCUGGCGGUGGCGGUGGCGGUGGCGGUGGCGGAGUUUCGGAGCUUCCUCAUGAUUUGGUGAUCGAAGUGCUCACAAGGCUUCCGGCGAAGUCUCUUAUGCGAUUUAAGUGCGUGUCAAAACUCUGGAUCGAAGUGCUCACUUUGCGACGACCCACCGUGUUCGUUCCCGGUCUCGCUCUACUUUCAUCACCGGCGAUUACCUCAGCUUCUUCUACCCUGCCCUCCUGGCCGAAGUCACUAAUGGCCUCUUUUGUUUGCACUUAUGAAUCACGGAUUCUUUGUUGCGGUCGCAAGUUCUACACAAAGGAGAACAAAGUUCAAUUCUUCCACUCUACCAGUCUAACACACAAACUCAGACAUCCGAGGAAAGCAAAAGAGGACAACAUGUUUCCAACCGAAAUAGUCAGAUAA